ACUCCAGCUGAAGUCAGAAGCUUGCCAGUUUGCGCUGCGGUCUGACAAACCUUUAGCAUCCUUUGACAGAAUUCGAAUCGAGAACCUAAACAUGUCCAGCCGAGAAAAUGAGGACCUCAAUGAAGAGGACAUUGAUGAGGAUGAACUCCUUGCUAUGCUUUCGCCCGAGGAGCUUAAGGAGCUCCAGAGUGAAAUGGAUAUCAUGAUUGCUCCAGAUGAUAGUGUUCCAGUUGGGCAAAGGCAGAAGGACCAGACAGAAAAGCCUCCGACUGGAACCUUUGACCACAGAUCCUUGGUGGGAUACCUCUACUGGGAGAAAGAAUCCAAGCGCAUGCUUGAGGAAGAAAGAGUGCCCGCUACUCUGCUACCCAGUGAGAGAACAUUAAGGGAAGAGACUGAAGAAAAUGCAAAAGUCCACACUGUGGAAGAUGGGCAUGAUGAUGAAGCACAGGAAGUGAUUGAGCAAAUACUUGAGAACAAGCACAAACAUGGCACCAGAGAAGGGGAAAUAAUUGAAGAAGUGACUGAAGCGAUUGUUGACGAGGUAAAAGAGAGCAAAAAAACAGACGAGGAGAUCCGUGAGAAAGAUAAAGAUCUUAAUCCAAAUACUGAAACAGCAUCUGAUACCACAGAAAUGGAAAAUGCAGAGCGCCAAGACAGAACUCCAGGAGUAAAAGAAGAAAGUAAAAUUAUAGACACAUUUCCUCCUUCAGACUUACCUGAUGAUAGGAAGAAAAGUGAGCCCGAUGACAAGCUCCAGCAGAAAGAGGAGAAAAAAAUUAAUAAAUUAAAAAUCCCUAAAUUGGCACUCAAUAACAUCAAAAUGACAUCACGACCUUCAGGAAAUGAGACAAACUUGGAAUCGACACUUGACAAGAUCCGCAACAACAACUCUUCUGUCACCGAGGUAAACCUCAACAACAUAGAGAACAUUCCCAAAGAGAUGCUCCUGGACUACGUCAAUGCCUUGAAGAAGAACAAGCACGUGAAAACAUUUAGCAUCGCUAACACGGGUGUGGAUGAAAACAUCGCCUUCAACCUGGCCAACAUGUUGCGCGAGAAUCGCAGCAUCACAACGCUGAACAUCGAGUCCAACUUCAUUACGGGAAAAGGAAUUGUCGCCAUCAUUCGUUGCCUACAAUUCAAUGAGACCCUCACUGAACUGCGAUUUCACAACCAAAGACACAUGCUGGGUCACCACGCCGAGAUGGAGAUCUCGCGCCUGCUCAAGGCCAACAACACCCUCCUGAAGAUGGGAUACCAUUUUGAACAGCCCGGGCCAAGGAUGGUGGUGACCAAUCUGUUAACCAGGAAUCUGGACCGCCAGAGGCAACUGAGAAAGGAAGAGCAAAAGCAGCAGCAGCUGAAGGAGCAGAGGGAGGUGAUGCAGAUGUACGAAAGCAGUCUCAACCUGCCUCCGGGUUUACUUGAAAUGCUGGGGUACAUACCGCCCCUGGAACUCCUGCAGAAACAUGGGCUUGUCACACCCCCAAAAGAACUGAACAAGAAACCCCCAAAAGAAGAACAAGUAGAAACUGAAGAACCAGCAGAGGCCCCGAGGCAGGUCAAACACAACAAAAUUCCCAGACAACCCGGUGCUGAGCCUCAAAACCCGUUGAAGGACGUUCGGCUGAAGAAAACGCCGAAGAAACGUGACCCGUUUUUGGAGUUGGACCGAAGGGAUGCCAGUCGAAAAGAGAGAGCAGGUUUCCAACUGAGGAAGACUCCCAAAGUCAAGGAGUCCGUCACCCAGGGCACAGCGGACGAAAGACCAAACCUGAAGGAUGUGAUAAAGACUUUGAAGCCGGUCCCUCGCAGGCGAGUGCCACCCAAGGUUGAUCCCACACCUCGAGAUGAGCUCCUAAAUGAGAUCAAGAAGAGUAACGUGGCCUAUCUUAAAUCUGUGAGUAUUACUGCUGUGAUAAAAAUACAUCAGACAUUUCACAAGGGUUAGAAUCAAUUAGUGUAGAUUAAGUUAGGACUGAGCGGUGGCGCGAAUGCUCCUACAGCUUCAUCAACAUACUGAGAGUCUAUCUCAGGUGAGAAGAGUCUGGAAAUAUAUCCUUGGACUAAGAUCAGGUUUUGUCGAAUCCAACAUAUUACAUUCAAGCAAUGUGUUUGAUAGAAUCUUCCACAGUGGGGCCAAAGUCAGAGAGGCAAUAAAACUAGCUAAAGAAACGUUUUAGCCGUGGCGCAAGCGACACCCGACAGAUGCCAUCUUUGAAUGUACACACCCAAUAUCGUAUGCUGUUUGGGGUCGGAGGGAAGUGGAGUGAAUCCCGGCCGUCAUAAGACACCUUGACUGAAUGCCAUGUAAACUUUAGAAACAAACUGAACUGACUUUCCUUGCAGGUGCCGCUCCCCAAAGCCCUGGAAUCAAGUGAAACGAGUCUCAUCUGAGGCAGUGACUCAAUCUUGUGUCUGACACGUACUGUAUUUUGGAAAUGAACUGUACAGUGAGCAAGAACCACGUUAACACUCACACAC